AUGGUGCCCAGAUGGGUAAACACACCAGACCAUGGGGUGAUGUUUUCAAACUUAGUAGCCUCAUUGCAAGAAAAUGUCAGCCCUCUGGUGGCCAUUCUCAAAUCUAAGGACUGUAACUCUGUUAAAAACGCACUGAGUAAAACCUUAACUCAACUGUUCCAAAAUCCACUGUUGUUUUCAGAUGAAGAGGAUGAUGUCUCCCAUAACAAAAAGAACAUGGCAUGUUCCAUGGCGACCCUUUGUAAUAACUCUAGUCCAAAAAAGAGGAAGUCUGCCAGUGGUGGAUCCAGAGAUUUGGGGCAGUUUCCACCUAUUGUUAUUCUGUUUGAGGACCUGGAGUGUUUUCUACCUCACGUUCUACAGGACUUUAUUUCUAUAUGUAGGAACUACAUAUGUGAGCUCCCUCUUGUAUUUGUGUUUGGUAUUGCCACAUCAGUAUCAGCUGUACAUCGACUCUUACCAAAUGCUGUGUCAUCAAUGUUGUGUAUGGAAAAGUUCCUUCAGGCACCCCCCUCCACAGAAUACCUUAAUAUGGUCAUUAACCAGAUCCUGAUGACCUCUGUGUACCCAUUCAAGCUUGGAUCUAAAGUCUUCCAGCUGUUGUUGGACAUCUUUUUGUACCACGACUUCUCUGUACUCAACUUCAUCAAGGGACUACAGUUUGCAAUGCAGGAUCACUUCUUCACGGUCCCUGUCAGCCAUCUUUGUUGUCCUCUGGAUGAGCUAGAGGAACGAGUGAUGAGUCUGAAGCCAAAACAAGUCGAGCAAGUCAGACGACUCAUGUCGUUCAGGGGAUUUGUUGAGGGAUGUCCACCGUCUAAACAAGAAGACAUGCUGUUAGAUGACAAAGUCACUAAGUCAGAAUUUGUGAUUUUGCUGAAGAGGAUCCAUACCUACCACUCCCUGCUGUAUCCUGUCCUGAAAUGUCUCCACAUCAUGGUCUCCAAAAUCCCCAAACACCCACUGGGGAAACAGAUUCGUGAGGUGUACUCCAGGGUGCUGAAAUCUUUUAUCUGUGAUUCCGAGGAUUACAAAGAGUGCCUAGAACUACUCAGGAUGACAUCUAAGGAUGAGCUGGUGGACCUGAUACAGCUGUGUCGAUCCUCCCUGGAGGGGACCCUGCCCCCUGACCUCGCUCAGCUCCCCACAGAUCUGGACGUCCUACUGGACAAGUUUGUCAAGAUUGAUGAGGUUGCAGAGGAGGAGACACCAGAGGGCAGCAGUGAGGAAGCUCUUCAUCUGGAGAAAACCGACCUUCACACUCUACGAAAGAGAUUACAAGAGGAAGGAAAAAAGAAAAAGAAAUUAUCUCCAUAUGAAAAAUUGAGAUCUGAAGCUAUAGAUUUCUUUGAUGAUUUAUUCAGGAGGUACUUGUUAUGUCCCUCCUCCCUGCCUCUCUACGAGAUAUUUUACUACGAUGCCUGGGCGGAGAUUAAGCGACACUGUAAUGCCUCACCCAGAUCUGUCGUCCAGAUGGCACUCAGUUCUCCCCACCACUAUCUACAGUGUAAAUGCUGCAGUUCUGAGUCAGGUUCCAUAACUCCGUCCAUGCCUGAUAUCUGUAUUGCCUACAAACUUCACCUAGAGUGUGCCCAGCUAAUAAACUUAUAUGACUGGCUACUAUUAAAGAGGGAUAACUGUGCUUUUGCUACUGUGGUGACGUCGGAUGAAGAAUUAAAUGAAGAAAAGAUCAAGAACCCAGACAAGGAACUACAAGCCCGAUUUAUCAGAGCUGUGUCUGAACUUCAGUUUCUAGGAUUUGUGAAACCCACCAAGAGGAAAACGGAUCAUGUGGCUCGCCUCACAUGGGGUGGUUGCUGAGUAAAGAGAGGGGUGGAUCCAAGGGUAAUAAAUCACUAAAUCAAGGAGUGGAUCCAAAGAUACAUUUACCAAAACAAGGAGUGGA